AGCUCGUCAGACAGUCAGCCUGAGCGUUAGUUAACACAUCACUGUCAGAUCAGUGAGGUACAGGCAAGAAAAGAGCAGCAACUGGCCAAAACAGCAAGAAAAUUCACAUAGCUGAAAAUGUUACAAAGAGCAGCGUCUAAUGUGUCAGACAAAACAAGGAGCAACAAACCAAAGCGUUCCACAAGCUUUGGCAGGUUUGAGGGACUCAGACAUCACUCAUCACAUGCCAAAAUAGAGGAAAAUGGGACAACUAUGCUCAGAGAAGAGUGCGACAGUCCAGAUCCCGGCAGAUCAGCUGGACUCAGCAAAAAGAUGAAAGAGAUCUCGCUGACCAUGAGGAGAAAGAUGGGCAAAAAGCACGCCAAGUCUCUUUCAGAGGAAACAGGGGGUGACACAGACAAAGACCCAGAAGCAGAGACGGAGAGCAGCCCAGCGGUUGAGAAAAGCUCUGCAAAGACGAGCAACUCCUUGGACAGUCUUUACAGCGGCCAGAGCUCCUCCAGUGGCGUCACCAGCGAGUCCAACGGUUCCAGUCAGAGAGACAGCCUGAAGCUGGAGGAGGACGGCUCCUACCAGGGUCAGUUCUGCGGCCGGGCUCGGGUCCACACCGAUUUCGUUCCCAGUCCUUACGACACAGACUCACUGAAACUGAAGGUUGGCGACAUCAUCCACAUCAUCAGGAAGCCUCCGAUGGGCAUCUGGACUGGCAUGCUCAACAACAAAGUUGGCAACUUUAAGUUUAUCUACGUGAAUGUCUUGGCAGAGGAGAAGGAGAAAGAAGAAGAGGAGGAAAGUCCAAAGAUCAGAGAGCAGAAGCUGUGCAAGAGGCCCAGACCUAAAACGCUGCUGGAGUUACUGGAGCGGCUGAACCUGGAGGAAUACGCCUCUGCCCUGUUGCUGAAUGGCUACCAGACAGUGGAGGACCUGCUGCACCUACAGGAGAAACACCUGAUAGAGCUGAACGUCAAGGACCCCGAGCACAGGCGGAAGCUGCUCGCUGCCGCCGACUUCCGCUAUGUAGAAGGUGAUGACACGAGCAAUACAGAGGAGCACAGAUCUUCCCACGGCCAGCAGGAGGAAGACAGCGAUUGUCCCAGAGACUCAGGUUGCUUCAUCCCGUCUGAGUGUUCGGACACUAAGGAGGACACAGAGCACGUCGCAGACACAGCGGAGGCGUGAGGCGCUUGGCUUAUCAGAAGGAUUCUGAGAAAUUUGGAAUAUAAAGUCACACUUUUUUCCAUUAAUUCUGAUGAAAAAAAAAAUCUAAAACAUGUAAUGUUUACACCUUGUGUUCUGACCUGGAGCCUGUAUAAUGUGGGAGCGCUUUAAAAGAUGAAUGAAGAGGGGAUUACAGUACAGAUGUUCAAAGUGUAAUCUCAUCCUUGUGUUGCAUUAUGAAAGUAAAGUUUUCUUGAUGUCAAAGAAGUUACGGUUUUUUGAAAUUAAGUCAGUUAUAUUUAUUGCAUUCCAAAUGAUCCAGUGUUUUUGCCUGUAAUUGUU